CUAGUUUAAAUCUGCCAUCUUUUAGUUUAAAACUAUUACCCCUUGUCCUAUUUGUGUAGAGUGUUCUGCUACAAGAGCUCUGGGCUCUGUAACAUAUCCUUUACUGAAGACAGCCAGGGGACUGGGACCUCAGGCAGAAUGCCUCUGCCAGCAGUAGGGCUUCAGUCCAUGGGAAAGUGCCAGAACCAGGACUCCUGGAGCACCUCAGGGUUUGUCAGCUUGGCUGGUCAGUCAGAGGCACGAGGACUGAAACUCUUUGCUUUGUAGUAUAUUUGGACUAUGAAAUGAAUGGACUCCAGUGGAAAAUGAAAGCAAAGCUUUGUGAGCUGCUGGUUUUGGGACACCAUGUCCCUGCUGUCCUGUGCUUUGCAGAGUAACAGUAAACUCCUCAAAGGUUACACUUGCUAUAACAACAUCAGCACUGCUCUAAGAAAUGAGGGGUGCUGAAGAUGGCAGGCAGCUCCACUCCCUGGAUUGGCAGUGCUUACCUGUUCCUCCAGUCGACGAGCAAGACCGUCGUUCUGCCAUCCCUCUACGAGAGCUCCCAGGAGAAGCCCGGUGUGUUCAGGGCACUGAAGCUGGCAUUGGCAGACUCCACAGGCAGCAUGAAUGGUGUGGACAUGCUGAAGGUGCACUGCAGCCACCCCCAGCUGAUAGUGCAGCUCAAGUUCUGCAGGCAGGAGAACUGCCGCCGCUUCCUGCGCAGUUACCGGGACGGAGCGCUCCAGAAGGCCCUCCAGAAUCACCUCCAGCUCUCCUUGGCCAUGACCACAGUGCCUCUGGAAAUGGAGCUGAAGACUGGCAGUGAGCACCUUGACAACAUGCUGAAGGAUGAGGAUCAUUGCCUGGAGUGCAUCUACAGAGAAAAGCCUGACCGCCUGCGCGAUGAGGAGCUCACGGAGCUGGAGGAACACCUCAAGAGCCUGACUGUCCACCAGAGCACCACCAACAACGUGGCUAUAAAAGACUGUGCACCUCUCAAGUCCCCAUCUCUGCCUUAUCCUUCUCCAGGCAGCUCCCUUCCCCCACCAGGCACCUUCAUCUUUCAGGGACAGCAGUUUGACAACAGAACAAUCACCCUGGAUGACCACCAGAAAUUUGCCAAGCUCGUGUCCAAGAAGUGGAAGCAGGUGGGUCGCUCUUUGCAGAAGAGCUGCCGGGCCCUGCGUGAUCCUGUCAUUGACAACCUGGCCCUGGAGUACGAGCGAGAGGGACUCUAUGAACAGGCCUAUCAGCUGCUCCUCAAGUUCAUCCAGUCAGAGGGCAAGAAGGCCACAAUAGCACGGCUGAUCACAGCCCUGGAAGAAAACGGUCUCAUCAGCUUGGCUGAGGAGCUCCUGGGCCUCCACUCCAACGAGGACUGCUCCUAGAGCCCGAAGGGCAGUGCCAUUGCUAAGGGCUUUCCUGCUUUAGCUACUGUGUGAAACUGCUGCCAGUUUCUGGGAAUGUGAAGCCCUGAAAAUCACCACAGGUUUCCAUCUAGGUUGGAAUGUCCAGGGGAGAGGCUCUGUGCUCACAGAAGCCAGCAUGGACCUCUUACCUUCCCUAUUUCG